AAAUAAGAAAUGCUGCGACGAGCCCAGUGCCUGCUGCGGAUGCACAGCACUGGUCGCCAGUCGCUUUGUGCCGGACAACGCGUUCCUGCCGUUCUCCACAGAAACUAUUCAGCCGACGAGACUAAUUCCAACUCCGGAAAUCCAAAUGCAAAACGUGCCGGCACAGGUGGCUCAAAGAGCCUGCCCGCUGUGCGUAAUGUGUUUGCAGCAGCACAGGACAAGACGAAGGACACCUACCUCACAAUGGUGGAGAUCUUCCAGGAGCGCGAUGUGCAUAGGCGCAACCAUGUCGAGUUCAUCUACGCUGCACUGAAGCACAUGCCCGACUUUGGCGUGGAGAACGAUCUGGAGGUGUACAAGGCCCUGAUCAAUGUGAUGCCCAAGGGAAAAUUCAUACCGACGAACCUGUUUCAGGCCGAGUUCAUGCACUAUCCCAAGCAGCAGCAGUGCAUCAUAGACCUGCUGGAGCAGAUGGAGGACUUCGGCGUCAUGCCCGACUACGAAAUGGAGGCCAUGCUGCUGAAUGUGUUCGGCAACAAGGGUCACCCCCUGCGCAAGUACUGGCGGAUGAUGUACUGGAUGCCCAAGUUCAAAAACCUGUCGCCCUGGCCCCUGCCCAACCCGGUGCCCGACGAUACGCUGGAAAUCGCCAAACUGGCCGUCGAGCGGAUGUGCACGGUCGAUCUGCGGUCGCAGAUUAACGUAUUCGAUACCAAGGAGCUCAAGGAUGCCGUGGACGAGACGUGGAUCGUGAGCGGCAUGAGCCCGGAGCAGUCGAAGCUGUUGCGCGAGCACUCUCGGCAAAAGGCCCUGUACAUUGAGGGCCCUUUUCACAUAUGGAUACGGAAUCGUCGCAUUAACUACUUCACCCUGCGCGCUGAUGCCGACACCGAGUUCCUCGCCCAGUUGGACGAGCGGCAGCUGGACGAGGAUGAUGUGUCGCACAUUGAGGUGCCAUUCUUCGGUCGCCCCCCACCGAGACGACACAAUCAGCUUGGCAAGCUGCGCUCGGUCCAUCAGCAGGACGAUGGCACUAUUUUUGCCAUCUGCGCCACUGGCACCUCCACCAAGGACUCGCUACUCUCGUGGAUACGUCUGUUGGAGGCGCAUGGCAAUCCUUCCAUUGGCGAGGUCCCCGUUCUGUUCAGGUUCACAUCCACAGUGCCUACCAAGGCAGAAGAGAUCGAGGGACCUGCCUGUGUUCCAGCGACCAGCAGUGAUAGCAGUAGCCGUAGCCGUAAGGAGGAGGAGCCGAGCGUAAGUUAACUUAUUGAAUAAAUUCAUUGUUGAGUAA